GGUUCCAAAACAGGAGUGCGCCGGUUCCAAAGACGCGGUAUUUGCGCGCUUUGUUAAUAAUGGCGGCGCCGUAGCAAAAACCGGACCGGAGAAGUCCCACACAGAUGCAGAGCUGAGAUCGGAGAGACCUCACCAUGGAGUCCGUUCAUCCCAACCCAGCGCUGUACCCACGGGGCGCGGCGCCGAUCCGAUGGGUGGUAUCGGAGAACCGGGAGGUUCGGAUCAAAGAGGAGCCCGUGCCGUGCUGGGACCCCCCCAGAGAGCCUGUCCCCGUUCCACAGUGUGGACCGGUCUAUAUGCAGCAGCAGCAGCACAGCCAGGUCCAGUCUGAACAGAACCAAACCCGCGUACAGCAAGGAGUGGCUGCCAGCGUCCCUUCAGCCUACGCUGAAGAGACUGAAGACCACAGGGGGUCUCAAUGUCCCGUCGUCAAAGAGGAGGCUUCGGAAACGGAGUGCACCCCCAGACCGGGCCCCCCCGACCCCAGGAUCCUCCGAGUGAGCCGGUUCGACCUGGAGAGGGGCUCCACCCGCUUCAAAGCCCUCCGUCAGACCCCGCCCCUCGGGGCCGCGGUGCGGGAGACGGAGCCCGUCCACAUCAAAGUGGAGGUUUACCAGCCGGGCGGAGAGGAAGAGGAGCGGCGGAGCGACCCCGUCCACCAGGAGGAAGAGGCCUGCGCUCUGGAACCCGGGCAGAUCAAGGUGGAAGACGCGGAGAUGGGUUCUGUUCCCGAGACCCAGCGGUCGGUCCGGAUUGGAGAGGAGGCGCCUGGACAAGCUUUUCUCUCCAGCGUGGACAGCGGACAACCUGCUGCUCUCCUUGGUAUUAUCAGUGGACAGUCUGUCCACCAUCUUACUUUCAAAGGGCAAACGCUGGUCUGUAAUGCAGGUGACGGACUGGCUUCUAUCCACAGUGUGGGCGAUGGACACACCGCUCUCUCCAGUUCGGACGACAGACCUACAGCUGUGCAAAAUACAGGCAGUGGAGAAACGGAUGUUCUUGGUAUUGCCGGCGGCCAGCCUCUUCACAAUAUUGACAAAGGGCCAAUGUUGGUCCAUAAUUUUGACAACGGACACACUUCUGUCCACAGUAUGGACACUGCCACCCCCGGACAACGUUCUCCCCACAGCAAUCAGACUGUCUCUCCACUGGAAAUGUCCUGCUUUCGGGGGGAGGAAACUGUCCCUACAGACAAAAUUGUCCGCGCUGAUGCUGUCGUCACUGGAUCUGAGUCCGCACUCAAUCAAUACCGUGCCCCUGGACUACAUGCUGUCAGUCUUCAAAAAGACGCCCCUAACUGUGUCUCACAACUGGCGUCUGCUCCCGUCAAGAAAGAAGAUCUGCAGGAGGAAUCUGUCCACGUGGAAACGGAGGUCCCUCAAGCUGCGUUUGUCCAAAAGGAUGUCCACGCCAAUGGCGAACGUCAACUGGACUCUACCCAAACUGGCAAAGGUGCCCUGCUUGUGGAAUCGGUGCAAGCAGACCAAGAGAAGAACCCUGAACCAAAAUACGUGCCCCUUAACAAGCUACACAAUGCCCGCUGGGACAACAGUCUUCCACAAGUGGAAUCUGUCCACCACACCGCGCCUGCCCCUGAACCAGCUCCUGACCGCAGCGGUGACGUCUCUGCAAUGGACACUGAAGAGGAGGAGGAGGAGGAGGGGGGUGAAAAAGGCGCCCAGAUUUCCGACGACACCCCUGAACCUUGGACAGCCCGCUCGAAUUUGAGGAGCCCCGACCCGGACGAGACUGAAAUGGAACCUGACCUAGAAAACAAUGAUCCUGGACCGGACUCGGUCGUCGUUGACAAGAAGGUCCAUGAAACCGGAUCCCUCCACCCUAACGAGAAGACCUCCGGAGACACGGAGGUCCCAGGUCCGAAGACUAUCGGCACCAACGCCCCUGAAAAGCAGCACCCUAAAAUCCUAGAAAAGAGAGGAAAGGCAGCCGGCCGAGAAGGUGAUGAGGAACCGCAGUCUCUCGUUCGUAACUGUGAGGCUCCCGAAGUGAAGUCCGCGCACUCGGACGAGAACGACUCUAAAGAAGAUCAAGGAGGAAUCGAAUCUGCCCCUCGUGCCAUCUCCGAAACAAAACCUGCCCUCAAAAAGGGCCGCCGACCCCAACUGCGGUCUGUUCAUCAUCACGACAAGAAGACUCUCCCUGCUGCAAGGACUGGCUGGGAGGGAGUUGAAGACGCAGAGGAGGAAGGGACGGAGGUGGAGUCCUUUCCCGGAGACAGCCGCAGACUGGGUGAUGUUAAGGAGCCAGGGACGGUCCGCGCGUCGCUGAGAAACUCCGCCAAGGGCUUCGCGGAGGCUGAAACAGAAGAGGCUGCCGCCGAGCCGGACCGCGCUGAGGUGAAAUGCGCGGUCGCAGAAUCCCAUGCCUGCCCCCACUGCCCAACGGCUUUCCCCGCGAGUCAGGAUCUGGACAAGCACGUGAAAGACCUGCACAGCGAAGAGGACGCCGAGAAACGCAGGACGAGGCCCGUGAGCUCGAGAAGGACUCCCACACGAUCCAGACAGGCGUCCCAGGCGCAAGAUCCGGGACCGGCCGGCGCGGACAUGACCCGCGGCAAACAUAGCUGCCCGGACUGCGGGGAACGUUUCCCCACCCCGAAAACCUUAAAAAAACACAGGGCCACCCACCAGGAAGCUCUGCUCCAUCCGUGCGCGGAGUGCUCUAAGACUUUCAGAGACCCGGAGCUCCUGAAAAGGCACUGGCUGGUCCACAGAGAGACGGAGGCUGCCUUUAAAGACGUCGGACUGUCGAUUUUAGAGGCAAGCCGCUGGCGGAGGAAACAUCAGUGCCCCGAGUGCGGGAAGCACUUUCUCCACACCGCCACCCUCAAGAAGCACCGGCAGCAGCAGCACGGGGGCAAGCCGCGCCCCCACCCCUGCGGCGAGUGCGGUCGCUGUUUCACAGACCAGUCGCACCUGAAGCUGCACCAGAAAACCCACAGCGACGGGACUCCCGUCGCGUUCUGCUGCUCUGAUUGCGGCAAGGUUUUCAAAACCAAGAAACACCUGAAACGGCACCAGCUGGUUCACUCGGGAGACACGCCUCGUUUCCCGUGCUCGGAGUGCGGGAAGAGGUUCUGGGACUCGGGGCAUUUGCGGAGCCACCAGCGCGUGCACACGGGGGAGAUGCCCUAUCCGUGCGACGGCUGCGGGAAGAGGUUCCGCUUUUCCGGAGCUCUCCAGAAGCACCAGAGGAUACACACGGGGGCGCUGCCGUUCCAGUGCGCGGACUGCGGGAAGAGAUUCCGGGAAUCCAGCACCUUGAAAAAACACGAGCUGAUCCACAGCGGGGAGACUCCUUUCCUGUGCCCAGAUUGUGGGAAGAUGUUCAAUCAGAUAGGGAAUCUGAAGAAACACCAGCAAAUCCACGCUGGCUUAUCUCCUUACCAGUGCCCGGAAUGCCAGCGCUGCUUCAACCGCGCGGAGAACUUGAAGAGGCACAGGCUGAUCCACGUGGCCGAGACCCUCCACCCCUGCCCGGAAUGCAGCGCCUCCUUCCGCAGCGCGACGCGCCUCCGCAAACACCGGGGGGAGCAGCACUCGGGAGCGCAGGGGAAGCGGCGCCUUCGCAAACACCAGGGGGAGCAGCACUCCGGAGCGCAGGGGAAGCGGCGCGUUCGCAAACACCAGGGGGAGCAGCACUCCGGAGCGCAGGGGAAGCGGCUCCUCAGAGUCUGCGAGGAGUGCGGUAAAAGCUUCAAGCACGCCGGGGAUUACCACAAACACUGCCGGAUCCACACGGGGGAGAAGCCUUACCCCUGUACGGAGUGCCAAAAGAGGUUCAACCACCUGGGGAACCUGAAGAAACACCUGCUGGUGCAUUCGGGGGAAACGCCCUUCGAGUGCCCGGACUGCGGGAAGAAGUUUAGCCAGAAGGGGAACAUGAAGAAACACAGGCGGACGCACGACGUCAACGACGACCGGAACAAGAAGAAGAAGAGGAAGAGGAGGAAGGUGGUUAAGAAGAAAUAAUCACGUGCCUGAAUUAUCCAAAAUCUCAUCAUGAAAACCACAUCAUUGUGCCUCUGUCUAAAAUAUAGAACUGGUGUCUUCUGCGUUUUAAAUAAAUACGUAAUCAUUGCAGAAUCUUUAAUAAAUGCAAUGCAGAUUUUUUUUUUUUUUUUUUAUAUAUAUAUUACAGAAUUGCAUGGUUGAGUUUCCUCUCGUUUUACAGCAAUGCAUUGCAUACUUCUCUCAGAAACCGAACAGCAACCGUGUUUAGGAAGAUACCCUUUUGUGUUUCAACUGAUUUUCUUUUUUCCUACAUGCACACCGAUCAAUAAA